CUUAAUGCGAUAACAUAUUCUACUCGGAUAAGAAUGGGUUUGAGCGUAUUUUUAAGCAUUUCAGUAUAGACCAUAAUACAGAAAAUACAAACGUUUUGUUUUGAGAACAAUCUUGCAAUAAACUAUAUAAUCCGAAUAUUUUUUACAUAGUGUUUUUGUAUCUCGUGCUAAAAAAGACAGUCGUUAGAUGAAUUCGAACUUGUAUUUUAGUUCAAAUAAAAAUAGAUAUACAUAAACAAUAUGUCAAUUGGAUUUAGCCAUGCGGAAGUAUUGUUGAAUCUCCUGCUAUCAACAAGUUGGAUUGCAGAAUACACAUGCCAUGUUGGAAACUGUUCUUGUACCAGUGAUUCGGCAGGUAGCCUUCAGUUGGGGUGUAUUAAUGUCAACUGCACAUCGAGCGACAACGGGAACGGGUAUCUACUAGCAUUCACGGAUCUACUACAGCACGGAAACGUUUCAAAUGGUGGUAUCAUAGACAAGACCGAAGAAUCUUUACAGUUUGUCUCAACGGUGCUAGAUCUAACUUCCGGCACAACCUCUUGGAACACGGGUAUGCCCAACAGUAUACAUACGUGUGCCCAAGCCAAUGCUUUUACCAGUAUGGCAUACGACUGCAUUUCCGGGCCGUGUAAACAAAUCUGUAACGAUGACACAAUUUCUGGAGUGAAUCACGCCUGCGUUUGGACUGCUGAUUAUCCGCAAGUAUCAACGAUAAAACACCGGGAAUGCACUUGCCAGUUUAGCACAACGUCCAAUUAUCUGCAAGUAAAAAUGCACGACAACAAGCUCACGUCGGAUCAAACGCUUGAGUUGAUAUCAGCGGACAACGUUGUCGUUUAUCAAUGGAACAGAACGACCCCAAAAGGUCGUGCACUAUUGAUAGGCGAAACUUUGAACAUAAGUGCGGAUCACUCUAUUACGUUACGUUGGAAAAACCCAACGUUGCAGAAUGAAAGCUUCUUCAUUGGUUUUUACGCGUAUAACGACACCAUCAGUUUAAACUGUUUUCAACCGGAAUCAAUAACUACGUCAAUAUCGUCUACGGAAACAACGCACAUUACAACGCGUACUUCAUUGAGUGUUUCCGAGACUUUAAAGACAGAACAGCCAUCUAGCGCGCAAUCUUCAUCGGUGUCAGAAACAUAUUCAGCCAUCGAUGUCGUGAUAACAGACCCAAUUACAACAUCAAGAUCAACUGACAUCAGCACUGCUACGCCAGCUUCAGUCCGGACUAAAACUGAGAACAAUGUUAAUGGAACAAUCAGACAAACCGUCGACUCAACACCGUUUAUCACAAGCGAUAAAACAUCCAUAGAAAUAUCGACAGAAGAUAUUAUCGCUACGUCUAAUGAGCAUGUACAAUCAAACACAAAAGGCUUUCCUAUUUGGAUAAUCUUUCUAAUUCUUGGAAUACUACUGAUAGUUGCGAUCAUCGUAUACAUCGUGUACCGAAAGAAAAAGAAGGCCAAUCAAGUUAAUCCAGAUCCAGAACAAGCGCACGAGAACAAUGAAAAACAUUGGAACGAAGAAAGCCCUAAAGCAUCAGGGGUUGCAUCGUUUAUUCCCUCAACAUCGGGCUUUUGGAACAGCAGCAAAACACAGGUUGAAAGUAACACACCAGCGAGAAAUAAGUUCAAGGCCGACACAGCCAGAAAUGUUGGCAAUAAUGACGGACUGCUAUCGUCUGAAAGUAGUCGGAAGAAAAAGAAAAAGAAGAAAAAGAAACGACACACAGAUUUGGAACAGGAGGAGCAUAAUGUCGACAACCACAAAGAAGAUGCCGUGACUGAACCAGAGGCCGAGACGAAUGAGAAACCUAAGAAAAAAAGAAAGAAAAGGAAGAAAAGGCAUCUCGAAGAAGAUUUAAAUGGUGAAAAUAUUGGUAACCAAACCGAGCAUUUUAAAGUCGGUACACUGGGAGGUGUCGAUUACGACCAUUUGUUGUAACUAAACUGCAUGGGUAGUCAAACUGUUCAUAUUAAUGAUUCCAAAUGACUUUGAUAACAUAAACACGGCUGUGCAAUUAUGAAUGUCUGCAGUGUACUGUGAAUAAAUUCUCUAUAACACAC